AUGUUUAGGGAUGAGUUGAAUGAAGAAGAACCUGAUUUUUCAGGGGGACCAAGUUCACCCAGCCUGACACCUCUUGAAAAUACUCUUUGUGAUAAAUCCAAAGUAAGUACGAUUGUCUCAAACAUUACCUUAAACUUCUCAAGGAGAGUCCCAUCAAAGAUAAAACCGGUUCUAGAGUCCUCAAUUGAGGAAAACGCCGAUAAAAUCUCAGUUAGUGACAUGUUGGACUUGGUAAUUUCUCUCAGAAAGUGCAACAGCCUUAGCAAUAAACUAUUUCAAGUAAUUCUGGAAAGAAUUGACGAGGAUAUUAAAAAAGUUGAUGGCUCCAAUAAUGAAUAUAAUAAUUUUCUACUGAAAAUAUGCUUGGAACUUGUAGAGCACAGUUUCGAGUCGUUAAAAGCGAUAAAAACCCAUGAUGAAAAUUCAUGUAAAGUUGAAAAUAUAAAUAAUUGUGAGGACUUUAAACCGAAUCAAUUAACUAACAAUAUUUUUAAGUUUGUUUGUGAUAAUAUGGGCAUCCUUAAAAUCGAUGAUUUGUUCAGACUAGUACCGAUAUUCUUUUCAAUACAAACUGAUAAAGGACCACAAUUUAUUAGUUUAAAGGCUGAAUAUUUGUAUAAUUUAACCAAGUUGAUACUGGAUUACGAAUUAUCUGGUGGUUAUAGUGAACGUCCCGAUACUAAAAAUACUUUGGGUGCCAAUUCCCUUUACCGCUGUAACAUAUUGGUAAAGAUUAAUUCCUCCUCAAACAACUUGAUAUCCCUUUCUGAUCAAAACAAACCAUUUAUACUGGAUAAAGAAAAAAAUAUGACUAAACUGAAGGAAUACGUACAGAGCUAUAUAUACCCAACGAUAAGUGAAAACAUAACUAAGUUUACAAGCCAAAACAUAGUUGAACUAGCGGAGAUUAUAAGGAGACUGGGUGAACCGUAUCCAGCGAGUUUAAUUGAUAGAAUUUGCACUGUAUACGUGAAGCAUAUUUCACAAUAUAGUAUUGAUAACAUGAUGAAGCUGGUUGAGGAACUAAAUCUAAUGGGUAUCAAAAAUGAACUGGUUCUUUUGAACACUAUCAUCAACUUGCCGAGAAAAGCGACUACUCUGGACUCAUUUGAGCGAGUUAUCAAGUUGUUGGAAGUUUUCAAAACCCAUGAAAGUGAAUACCUGGACAUUUUAGUCAGUCAGCAAAUCUACCAAAUAUACCACAAAAUUAAUAAAAAAUACUUAGAAGUAAGUUACGCUUAG